AUGUGUCCCCAGUCUCGUGAAGCCUGUAGACUGACAUAUAGUGAACAGCUGCCCCAUGUUCAUCUCAUCUCCGGUCACAAAUAUCCCUUCUCUCCCCAACUCAGCAUCGAUGGCGCAUACUCGUACCUCUUCGAUGCCCCCAAGGUCGUCAAGCAGGUCGCUCCCAUGUCAUGGCAGUACAUCUCUGCUCCUCAGGACGGCACCGUCUUCCUGACCUGGAUCGGUGGUCGCAUGCAGAACCAGUUCCCCACUGAUGGGUACGUCUGGGUUGACCCCGAACAGCGCUAUACUCAGGACUUUGGUGGCUACACAUUGGAAAUCGCCUUUCACAACAGCGGUUACCGUCCUGGAGUCGACACCGUCACCAGCCACAGUCGCAGACGAUACCGCUUCAUGUCAAAGAACCCUAGCGUCCACGCCCUCCCUCCAGACCCGAGUCUCUGGCUCGUUCACUACGGCCAGGCUGACCCCCAACACUGCUUCCCAGCAUCUCAGCUGCCUCUAUCGCACCAGUCGCGUCAACAAAUGGCCGAACGCCAGUGGAUCGAGUCCCAAGGCCGCCUCGAUCGCCAGGACUUCAUGUUGCACGACCGUGAAAAGUGGCCUCAGCUCAACAUGCCCGGUCGCGCUGCUGUUCCUGGCGUCCCUGCCUACAACCAAAGCAUGUACCAGCAAAGUCCUAUGGCGCACAUUGGCAACCCUCGCUUCUCCGGCAACUUCUACCAACAAGCCCAACAAGGACAUACUGGCCCCUCGCCUGCGAAACGCGCCCGACAGCACCCACCUGCCCAUGCUCCUGCAUCGACCGCUGCUCUGAUGGCCCAGGACACCAGCAUCGAGGACGAGGAGAACGUCCUUCUCGGAGACUUGCUCGACCACCUAACCCAGCGCGACAUCAGUCUGACCCGCUAUAUGCAACAUCAUGACUGGAUGGACGAGGUCUACUCUUCACCUUUCGCUACUGGCAAAAUCGUUCCGAUGGAUCUUGGUUUUGGCUUGAUGGGCGAGCUGGCCGGCCUCACCGAGGGAUUGUUCGACACCCCUAAUUCGGCACUGGAGAAGUCUGAGUCCAAGUCUACGGAUACGCCUGCUGAGUACAAGAAAGUAACUUCUGAGCAACUGCAAGAAUUCGAAAAGCGCGUCCAGGCCCACAAGGAGAAAGAGCAGAACGAGAUCACACGCAUGAAGGAGGAACACGCCAGGCGAAUGGAUAGUCUGCGCAAGAGCAAAAGUCUGGUCAAGGCCGAGAAGAAGUUGAGAAACGCUUCGUGGAAGCCUUCAGGAUCAGGCAAUGAGUUCUGGAGACUGGAAAAGACAAACGACCAGGACGCCAACCAAAUUGUCGAGCAGGUGGAGGAACUGCUUGGCGGAUCCAUCUCAGCACAGAAAGAGGCCACCAUGAUCAGUGAAGGAGGCUAUCGCAAGGAAGAGAAG